GUUCGUAACACAGUAUGGCGUGGCUGCUCUUCAUAAGUGAAUUUAUUUGCCAAGUAAAAUCAUAUGAAAACAUCGCUCUGCUUAAACCGGCAUGGCAGCAAUACCCCUAUCCCGGUAGACCGGAGUGGGGAGCGGAUCGUGCUGUGGACGGAAACAAAUCAGACCUGUCUGCUUAUGGUGGACAAUGUGCGAUAUCAGCUAAUUCUAAAUCAACAGCGGAAUGGCGGGUAGACCUGGGAGAUGUGCUGAGCAUACAUCAUAUUUUUAUUCAGUACAGAACCGACAACCUUGCUUGGGAUGAAAUCAGCCAGCACGCUUCAAGAUUUCUAGGAUUCUCGCUUUACAUAUCGAACACAACUAGUAGGGAGGCUGGAAUACAGUGUUUUAAGGAUACCAACUACACAUUAACAACAAUUCCUAAUCAAAUAAACAUAUCUUGCGCGGAACAUGGGAGAUACGUCAUCUACCACAACAACAGGACCCAUCCUCCGUAUCCUGCUGGGUAUUCUACUGAUGGAGGAUACAUCGAACUUUGUGAAGUUGAAGUUUACGGUUGUCCAACACCAGGAUAUUACGGAGAGGACUGUUCUUUACCGUGUCCACAGAAGUGCCAGGCAGGUCAUUGUGACAUUGAGAAUGGAACUUGCCUGGGUUGUGUUCCGGGUUACAAAGGUCCAGAGUGUGAUCAAAAAUGCAGCGGACACACGUUUGGACUAGAAUGUUCACGGAUUUGUGGAAACUGCAGAGAUUGGGAAGAAUGUGACUAUUUGAACGGAAGUUGUCCACAUGGGUGUAACAAAGGCACUAUGGGUAUCAACUGUGACAUUGCCUGUCCUCAUGGUGUAUAUGGUAUAAACUGUGAAGACAAAUGUAGCAUAAACUGUGGAGUACCGGGGCAAUGUAAUAGGGUAACAGGAGAGUGUGAGAAAGGGUGCCAAGUGGGGUGGAAAGGAUCCACCUGUGAUAAAAAAUGUAACGGGGGCACAUUUGGGAAAGAUUGUUCAAAUCAGUGUGGAUUCUGUCUGAAUAAAGAUCAAUGUAACUACAAAGAUGGCAGCUGUUUACACGGAUGUGACAGUGGUUAUCACGGACUUCAGUGUAGGCACGUUUGCAAGAACAACACAUAUGGGUCUAACUGCUCUUUGAGUUGUGGAAACUGUCUUUACGUGUACGGGGAACAAUGUCACCACGUGACUGGUCAAUGUCCACGCGGAUGUGACGUUGGUUUUCAAGGGAACCUUUGUAAUGACGUUAAUGUCGAGUCUUCAUCAUCAAGGUUGCAGCUGUCAUAUGAACUCUACUCAUUUGUUUCAUUGUUCUGUGUUAGUGCUCUCAUCAACAUCUGCUUAGUUUUCAGGGUUAUAAGAAACAAAUCAAAGAAGAGCCAGCACCAGAAAGAAAUCACGAACGUCGGAACUUCGAGGUCUUUUGAAAGUUCUAAUUCUGUAUACAUUGCCGACAAUUCUGCCUAUGAUGUACCAGAAGAGGAUCUAACAAAUUUCGACUAUGAUGUACUCGAUUAACGUUCAGCCAUCAAAUAUGAAAUAGGCAAAACUCGAUUAUAUCGAACACGGAUAUAGCUAAUUUAGGUCUACAACGAAUUCUUAUUGAAUCCUAGCAAAGUUCUUAUAUUAACCUAUAAAACUGUCGUUAAUGUUUAUAAGGAACACGGGUAUAACGAAUAUACUGCUUUAACGACUUAAACGAAGUAAUUUUUAAGA